AUGUGGACCCUUGCAGCCCUCCUGCUUCUAGCUCCAAGCAGUGGGCAAGCUGCUGCUCUGGAGAAGCCCAUAUUGUCUCUACAGCCACCUUGGACUACAAUCUUCAAGGGCGAGAGAGUAACGCUGCGCUGUGACGGGUACCACCCUCUUCUGCUCGAGCUCCGACCCAUUAGCACGCUCUGGUAUUUGGGCCAUGUCCUCCUGCCUUCCCACCAGAAGAGCAUUGAGGUGCAGACGCCAGGGGUGUAUCGAUGUCAAACACGGGGAGCUCCCGUCAGUGACCCCAUCCACCUCUCUGUGUCUAAUGACUGGCUAAUUCUGCAAGUGCCUUAUGCUGCUGUGUUCGAGGGAGAGCCCCUGGUGAUGCGCUGCCGUGGCUGGUACGACAAAGUCGUCUACAAACUUCACUACUACCACGAUGGCCAGGCCGUGAGAUACUUCCAUUCUAGUACCAACUACACGGUGUUACAGGCACGAGCUAGUGACAGCGGUCACUACCAGUGCUCCGGCACCAUGCGCAUCCCAGUGGAGAGUGCGCCCAUGUUCUCCUCCAAGGUGGCUGUCAUGGUGCAAGAACUGUUCCAGACACCCGUGCUCAGGACGCUGAGCCCGCAGGAGGCGCGCGGUCGCGUGGUGCUGCGCUGCGAGACGCGCCUGCACCCGCAGAAGCGGGACACGCCACUGCAGUUUGCUUUCUACAAGUACAGCCGGCCAGUCCGCCGCUUCGACUGGGGCGCCGAGUACAUGGUUCCUGAGCCCGAGGUCGAGGAGCUCGAAUCGUACUGGUGCGAGGCCGCCACCACUACUCGAAGUGUCCGGAAACGCAGCCCCUGGCUGCAGCUCCCCGGGAGGGGCGCUGCCCUGGAUCUGGCGUCUACCACUGCUCCGGUCCCGGCUGCAGCCUUAGCCCCCGGGGAUAAGCCGCUUUCCUUCCGGAAAACCCCGGUGUCCAGAUCUGUCCCCUCAGUCACUUCCGACCCGAACAGCACCUUUGCAGGGCUGCAGUUGGCUGCGGGCCAAGUCCCCACUGCCGGGCCACAGGUCUGCGCGCCUCUAUCCACGUCCGUGGAACAGUCCCGCGAAGCUCUGCAGCCCAAAGUGGACCUCCUGCUUCGCGAGAUGCAGCUACUCAAAGGCCUUCUGAGCCGCGUGGUUUUGGGAUUAAAGGAUCCACAGGCCCUCCGCGAUCUUACAGAGACCCCCAAGACACCCAAUUUUCACGUUUCUGUGAGCCCCGGAACUCCAGAGACCACUGUCGUGGAGGGUAGGGUGGGGAGCUAG